GACGCUGCAGCUGGCGCAGCUCAGACUCGGAGCAGCCUCCGCGAGCAGCCGAGCAGCCACCUUCCCCCGCCCGUUCCCGCGCCCGGGCCGGGGCUAGGCCCCCCACCGCCGGGUCCCCGGGGGCUGCAGCAGCAGCGGCGGCAGCGGCGGCGCUGCCCGCGGUUCCCGCCGGGGCCCGGGCGCCGGCCCCGCUCUGCAGGAUGGGCACGGUGCUGUCUCUUUCCCCCGCCUCCUCGGCCAAGGGCCGGAGGCCCGGCGGGCUGCCAGAGGAGAAGAAGAAGGCGCCGCCCGCCGGGGACGAGGCGCUGGGGGGCUACGGGGCGCCGCCAGUAGGCAAGGGCGGCAAAGGCGAGAGCCGGCUCAAGCGGCCGUCCGUGCUCAUCUCGGCGCUCACCUGGAAGCGCUUGGUGGCCGCGUCUGCCAAGAAGAAGAAAGGCAGCAAGAAGGUGACGCCCAAGCCCGCGUCCACGGGCCCCGACCCUCUAGUCCAGCAACGCAACCGCGAGAACCUUCUCCGCAAGGGCCGGGACCCCCCCGACGGCGGCGGCGCCGCCAAGCCCCUGGCGGUGCCGGUGCCCACCGUGCCCGCGGCCGCCGCCACCUGCGAGCCGCCGUCGGGGGGCAGCGCGGCCGCCCCGCCGCCGGGCUCAGGCGGGGGAAAGCCUCCGCCGCCGCCGCCCCCAGCCCCGCAGGCCGCCCCGCCGGUGCCUGGCGGCUCGCCGCGCAGGGUCAUCGUGCAGGCGUCCACCGGUGAGCUGCUGCGCUGCCUGGGCGACUUCGUGUGCCGACGCUGCUACCGCCUCAAGGAGCUGAGCCCGGGCGAGCUGGUGGGCUGGUUCCGCGGAGUGGACCGCUCGCUGCUGCUGCAGGGCUGGCAAGACCAGGCCUUCAUUACGCCCGCCAACCUGGUAUUCGUGUACCUGCUGUGCCGCGAGUCGCUGCGCGGGGAUGAGCUGGCGUCGGCCGCCGAGCUGCAGGCCGCCUUCCUCACCUGCCUCUACCUCGCCUACUCCUACAUGGGCAACGAGAUCUCCUACCCGCUCAAGCCCUUCCUCGUGGAGCCCGACAAGGAGCGCUUCUGGCAACGCUGCCUGCGCCUCAUCCAGCGGCUCAGCCCGCAGAUGCUGCGGCUCAACGCCGACCCCCACUUCUUCACGCAGGUCUUUCAAGACCUCAAGAACGAGGGCGAGGCCGCCGCCGGCGCCGGGGGUCCACCCAGCGGGGGCGCACCUGCGGCCCCAGCCUCCUCCUCGGCCGCCAGGGACAGCUGCGCGACCGGAGCCAAGCACUGGACUAUGAACCUGGACCGCUAGGGAUACCGAGGGCCGCGCCCACCCCCCACCCCAGUCCCUGACACACACUUGGAGCCCCUGGGACCAUCACGCCGCCGCCGCCGCUGUUACCGCCGCUCCGCGCCGGGCCGGAGGAGGAGCCGCCCCUGUCCCGCAGGGGAAGGUGGAGGCCAGGACGCCAGAGGCCGCGGAGUCUAGAUUUGCUGGGCAUUGGGUGGGGGAGGGGGUGGGCGCGGGAGGGGGACCCCCGACCUCACCCUUUCUGUCUGCGCCCUCGUCUCUCAAUCUGCCCGGGUCUCCCUCUUCCCUUCUGUGUGUUUAAGCCCUCUCUCGGUUUUGUCCAUUUCCUCACCUCCUCCCUGUAUCUUCAUCUUCCCUCCUGUCUGCUUUCCCAUCUCCUCCUCUGCCUUUCCAUUUUCCCUUCCUUGGGUGUGUGUUUCCGUCUCCAUCUUACCCCCCACCUAACUAUCUCUCAUUGCCCCCGUUUCUCUUUCUGCACCUGUGUCCCCCUCUCCCCUUCUUGUUCUCUUUUUCCUCGCCUCUUUCCUCCUGUCUGCCUUCCCUGCUCCGCCUAUGUCAGCUUACAUUUCUUCCCCCGACUGAACCCUCAUACCCACCUCCCUAGACCAAAUGGAACAUUAGUUCUUAAUUUGGGUCGACUGAGAUGUGGCGAGAAACUGCAGCCCCAGGAGCCCAGACAGCCACCAGGAUGGUCCUUCGUCCUACCCCCACCGCCUCUCCCUACCUUUUCCAACGUGUUGCAUGCCGAGAGUUGUGGGGGAAGGGGAUGCCGGCUUCAGGAGGCUGAGGUUUGGGAGCAAGAGCAACCUAGGAGGCUACCCCGGCGGCGGCGGCGCCUCAGCGGAAGGGUGGGAGGAGACAGAAAACUCUUCUUACUCUGGGGGAGGGGCACCCCUUUUCCUUAUCCUUAGGUGUUUUUGUUUUUCCCCCUUUUAAUUUAUUUGGUUGU